AUGUCGUUGAUAAAAAAGUUAGUGGAACAGCUAAAAAGCAAAGAAUUUCGGGAGUAUUUAAUGAGCACACAUUUUUGGGGCCCAGUAGCAAAUUGGGGUAUACCACUAGCAGCUAUAGCAGACACAAGAAAGGACCCAAGGUUUAUUAGUGGUAAAAUGACAUUUGCCUUAACACUCUAUUCGCUGAUGUUUAUGCGUUUCGCGUGGCGAGUACAGCCACGAAACAUGUUAUUGUUUGCAUGUCACUUAACAAAUGAGUGCGCACAGUUGACGCAGGGAGCUAGGUUUAUCAACUACCACUACAUACAGGGACCCGAAACAGAAAAACAGAAUGCACAAGAGAAAGAAAAAGAGAAGUAG